AUGGCAAAAUCCCACAGAGAAAACUCGGCCAGUGGUCAAGGUAUCACCAAUCAGGGAGUGGACAUUGAGGACUACCUACACCCACAAGGUCAAGACUCGGUCAAGAUGACCUCUGUUCUGCAGCCCAACAAACCACAUGCAGUGCCUGGUCUCCGAUACACUAAGAACAAUGCCAAGGCCAAUCGUUUUGACUCAGGUGUGGCUGACCUUGAUGAUGUACAUGUAUCACCAGAUUUAUCUCAUCGUCUAACUGCAAAUGGCAAACAGCGUCCUUCCAGUACUGCAAAGAAUUAUGAUUAUGCUGACUAUGAGGGACACCAGUAUGAAGAACUUCCUCACCCAAAGCCUGAAGGAGGGAGACAGACCUCUCCAGAGUCCUGCUCUGAGUACCAGUCAUCAGCAGGCACAGUUACAGCAGAAACACCCUCCGAGUCUGGGGAUACUGCUGCUAUUGUACGCAAUUCUGAUCAGAGGCAACGUUACAACCCUCUGUAUGAUACCAUGAUCAGUUCUUCUCCUAACAUCUACAACAAAGUCAAGGCCACUCAGCCAGACAAUAGUAUACAAGAAAAAUUGAAGAUGAUGAAAAUAAUUGUCAUUUUCCUUAUCCUUAUCUCCUGUCUAUCUCUUGCCAUCAGCCUCUACAUCGUCAUCGUCUAUUCAGCAGGUCCACUUACAAUACAAAGUCUACAGAAAGAUUUGAACAGCCUCCACAAUAAUUACUCAGAUCUCAAUCAGAAGCUACAGUUUCUAGAGUCUGUGAUGUCUGGGAAUACAUCAGUUGAUUACCUUGAGGAGCUUGGUCAACGUGUGUCUGAACUGAAGACAGAAACUUCAACAAAGCUACUCACUUUAGAAAAGAAUUUACUGGAAACAAAAGCUUUGCUUCAACACAACCAGAAAAAUAUAGACAAUGUUUAUGGAAAUGCAUCCCUGCAGAUCAACGCCACACAACAUGAUCUGUUUGCAUUCCAAUCUAACUUCACCUCCCAAUUGACAAUUAUACAGAGUGAUUUUGAGGACAGACUCAGCAUAAUUUCAAAAAUGCCCGGUCCAAAGGGACCUCCAGGUGUGGGAAAUUUGUCAGCAUGUUAUAUGAGGGACUUUGAUGCACUGUCCUCAUCACAGACUCCUCAAACAGAUACACAGUGGGAGCCAGACUCAGAUGUGCUAAAGACAAAUGUAGUGAUGUUUGCAGUAUGUGGGGUCAAGAACGGUGUUGAGCGUUACCUCGAGGUCAGAGAGUCCAGCGCAGGCACUAACAAAUUCCAGUACCGAUGUUUGUGUUCAGGGAGGCUAAGCUCAAGUGGCACAACCAGGACCUGUAUAACACAUUUGUGGCUCUGUCCGCGUGAGAGUUUUGGGGGCAGCUGAAAGGAGAUUUGUUCAAUAAUGCCAAGAGAGAUUCCAUGUUGAUUUCUUGUGACAAAUUUGACACUUGUAUUAUACAUACAGUAUGUGGUCUGGUGCGAAAAUAAACAGAGUGACUACCUAUACUGUGUAAUACUUGGAUGCACAUUCCAGAGUGUCACUACUACAGCUGUAUAAUAGAGUCAUCAGAAUUUAACUUAUAUGUUAUGUAAACCAAGGAUGCUGUUGUAAGACCUGAAUCAGCAAUGUGCAGUAUAAUCCAUCAACAAAGCUUUCUGAUUAAGGACAGGAUUCAAGAUAUAUAUAUCUGUACUGUCCUGCUUCAUAGCUAGGACACAGGAUUCAAUUAAUAUAUGUGUACUGUUCUACUUAACCGGUAUUACACAGGAUUCAAGAUAUAUAUGCUUACUGUCCUACUUCACAGCGAGGACACAGGAUUCAAUAAAUAUAUCUGUACUGUCCAUCUUUGCAGCGAGGACACAGGAUUCAAUAAAUAUAUCUGUACUGCCCUACUUCACAGCGAGGACACAGGAUUCAAUAAAUAUAUCUGUACUGCCCUUCUUUGCAGCGAGGACACAGGAUUUAAUAAAUAUAUCUGUACUGCCCUUCUUUGCAGCGAGGACACAGGAUUCAAUAUAUAUAUCUGUACUGCCCUUCUUUGCAGCGAGGACACAGGAUUCAAUAUAUAUAUCUGUACUGCCCUUCUUUGCAGCGAGGCAAUAUAUAUAUAUCUAUAUAUGUACCAUCCUGAGUUACAGCUAUGGUGCAGGAUUCAAAGAAGGAGUCUGUUUAGUGUUUCUUUACAACUAAUCAGUAAUUACAGAUAAAGUUAGACAAACUUAAUCAAUUAUAGAAAAAGUUAUAAUGUUUACAAAUCAUAAAUGGCUACCUUAUAGACAUUCCUUAAUGUGUGAUGCAAUAUCAAAUACUUCGACAUGUCUGUUUAAACAUUGAUUUCAGAUGAGUACAUGUAAGAUGAAGAGUCAGUGAAACUACUGCUAAGCCUUUCUUAUUUGACCUCUGAGUAUCUUGAUGUCCAUUUCUUUCCAACCUCAAGCUCUGAACUAAUUUCUGAAUUUAAAAAAAAAUGAAACAAAACCUUUGUAUCCUGACAUCCUAAAUUUUACACGAGUCCUACUCACUGAAAUUCAUUUCUAAUAACAAAACAUUCUUUAAAUUGAAUGUGGUGUAGUCUGGCACUCAAAGCAGUAUGACCGUGUUUGAGAAGUUGGCCAGUUAUGGACACUCAACAAAUCUCAUUGUAGUUUGAAAUAGUGAAUUUUCACUAUUUGGUCCAUCAGUAAUAGACACUCUAUUGAUACCUAUGACAUUAGGAAGGAAUGGGAACAUGUGGAAAGGUCUACUCGUUUUCUCAGCCUGAAGAGUAGAAAUGAGUGUAGAUGAGAAUAGACAGCCUGAAGAGUAGAAAUGAGUGUAGAUGAGAAUAGACAGCCUGAAUAGUAGAAAUGAGUGUAGAUGAGAAUACACAGCCUGAAGAGUAGAAAUGAGUGUAGAUGAGAAUACACAGCCUGAAUAGUAGAAAUGAGUGUAGAUGAGAAUAGACAGCCUGAAGAGUAGAAAUGAGUGUAGAUGAGAAUACACAGCCUGAAGAGUAGAAAUGAGUGUAGAUGAGAAUAGACAGCCUGAAGAGUAGAAAUGAGUGUAGAUGAGAAUACACAGCCUGAAUAGUAGAAAUGAGUGUAGAU